CUUGCCGAUUUCUUCCCUGAUUCUCUCUUCAAAGGCCAAAGCCAUAAAAAACCAGUCGGUUUGCUACUUUUGUUUAAUCCAAAAUUCAAAGACCUCAACCCAGAGAAUGCAACUCUCAAUGCCUUUUCCAUCCCAAACCCUUUCCUUCUCAAAAUCCCUUCUUUCCCCAACUCCCCUUUUCCUUCACACUAAGCUCUCCACCCUCUCCCUCCACAACCCAACCCCACCACCCAAUACCACAAUCCGCAUGGGGGGUGGCCCUAGGACUUACCCAGGUGGAGUCUCCAAAUGGCAAUGGAAACGCAUGCAAGCCAAGAAAUCCAAGCAACUCCUCAAGGCCCGACUCGCCCGUGAACGCCACAUCUACGAGAUGCGCAAGAGGGCCGAGCUUAAAGCUGCCGUAUCCGAACUCGAACGCCCUUGGGAAGUCGUUGAAAAAGCACCCAACUUGUUCUCCGUUUCCGCCGAUGAGCAAGUUAAAGUCUUGGCCGACAGGUUCCAGAAGCCCGGCGGUUUCGAUAUGUGGAGUGACAGAGAUGGGCCUCAGCUGUUCGAUGCUGUCGAUGAGUUGCCUUCUGCCAGGUUCUUCCCUAAAGGGGUUGUUCAUAGUGUUAAGCCUUAUUUGGGGAGUAGAGGCAGUGGUGAAAACACUAAGCUUUUAAGUGAAAACAAGGGAGAUGAGACUGAGAAUGGAGAUGGCAGUGUUGCAGAGAGCAAUGGGAAAAAGAACGGUGUUAGAUGGAGGAGGAAAGGAUUUAGGAGAAGGUUCGGUGAUUCCGAGGAGGCUAAUUCUGAUGCGAAGAUAAGUAAUUCCAAGACUGAAGUUACUGAUAAAAGAAGGACCUUGAAGUCUGGGAUUUAUGGUAAAAGAAGUGAUUUCAAGCCUGAUGUUUAUGAUAUGAGCUUGCAAAGAGAUGGGAGUUAUGGGAUUAAUAGGAAAAACUGAUUUGCACUGAAGAUUCUCAAGGAGGGAAGGGGAAAAAAGCCUAUGCUUUAUUGGUAAUGUUCAUCUCCAAAUUGUCUCACUUUCUUUUUCCCUGGAUGAAAUGUUUUGGAAGGUUUUCCUAUAUUGAAUGUAUAUGUAGAACACUAGAACUUGUAUAUGAAAUUUAAUGAGUAUAAUAAGUUGGC